GUGCACGAGGAAGGAGCGGUGUGAGCGCUCCAGCGAGCCUCGGAGAUUCGCCUCGGAAAUGAAGCAGUGUGUCCGGCUCACCGUGCAUCCCAACAACAUCUCCGUCUCCCAGUACAACGUAUUGCUGGUCUUGGAAACCUACAAUGUGCCCGAGCUGUCAGCAGGAGUCAAUUGCACCUUCGAGGACCUUUCGGAGAUGGAUGGCUUGGUGGUGGGCAGUCAGAUCCAGUGCAUCUCGCCAGCUGCCAAAGAAGUGCCCCAGAUCAUCACAGAGAAUGGAGACCAUCACAUUGUCCAGCUUCAGCUCAAGUCCAAGGAAACGGGUAUGACCUUUGCCAGCACCAGCUUCGUCUUCUACAACUGCAGCGUCCACAACUCGUGCCUGUCAUGCGUGGAGAGUCCUUACCGGUGCCACUGGUGCAAGUACCGCCACGUCUGCACUCAUGACCCCAGCUCCUGCUCCUUCCAGGAGGGACGAGUGAAGCUGCCCGAGGACUGUCCACAGCUGCUUCAGGCAGAGAAGAUCCUGGUGCCGGUGGAAGUGAUCAAGCCGAUCACAUUGAAGGCCAAGAACCUUCCUCAACCACAGUCGGGCCAGAGGGGCUACGAGUGCAUCUUGAACAUCCAGGGAAAUGAGCAGAGGGUGCCCGCCUUGAGGUUCAACAGCUCCAGCGUGCAAUGCCAGAACACCUCGUAUUCCUAUGAAGGGAUGGAGAUUAACAGCCUGCCGGUGGAGCUGACGGUCGUGUGGAAUGGGAAUUUCAACAUUGACAACCCAGCACAGAACAAAGUUCACCUGUACAAGUGCGGGGCCAUGCGGGACAGUUGCGGACUCUGCCUUAAAGCUGACCCUGACUUCGAGUGCGGUUGGUGUGAGGGACAGAAUCAGUGCACCCUGAAGCAGCACUGUCCAGCCCAGGACAGCCAGUGGCUGGAGCUGUCCAGCACCAAGGGCAAAUGCACCAACCCGAAGAUCACGGAUAUCAACCCAGUGACGGGGCCUCGUGAAGGUGGGACCAAAGUGACCAUCCGUGGGGAGAACCUGGGGCUGGAGUUCAGAGACAUUGCAUCUCACGUCAAAGUGGCCGGAGUGGAGUGCAAACCGCUGGUGGAAGGGUACAUCCCAGCAGAGCAGAUAGUGUGUGAGAUGGGGGAAGCCAAGCCCAGCCAGCAUGCCGGAUUUGUGGAAAUCUGUGUGGCUGAGUGCAAACCAGAGUUCAUGGCCAGGUCUUCACAGCUCUACUACUUUAUGACUCUGACCCUCUCUGAUCUCAAGCCGAAGCGGGGACCAGUGUCAGGUGGCACCCAAGUGACAAUCACAGGCAACAACCUCAAUGCGGGCAGCAAUGUCAUCGUGACCUUUGGGCGACAACCCUGCCUCUUCUACAGGAGAUCCACCAAGCACAUUGUCUGUAACACCACUGCCUCAGAUGAAGGCUUUGAGAAGGUGAAGGUGUCCGUGAGGGUGGACAAAGCCAAGAUACAUCAGGAGUUGCAGUAUGAGUAUGUAGAGGAUCCGACUAUCCUGAGGAUCGAGCCUGAGUGGAGCAUCUUCAGUGGCAACACACCCAUUGCAGUGUGGGGAACUCACCUGGACCUCAUCCAAAACCCUCAGAUCCGGGCAAAGCACGGUGGAAAGGAACAUGUCAAUAACUGUGAGGUGCAGAACAGCACAGAGAUGACCUGCCAGGCUCCAGCCCUGGCUGUUGACCCCAAUCACCAGUCUGAGCUCGCCGAGCGUCCAGAGGAGUUUGGCUUCAUUCUUGACAACGUGCAGUCCCUGCUGAUACUCAAUAAAACCAACUUCACCUACUACCCAAACCCUAUCUUUGAGGUUUUCAAUCCCUCAGGGAUCCUGGAGCUGAAGCCAGGAAGCCCCAUCAUACUGAAGGGCAAGAACCUGAUCCCACCAGUGGCAGGAGGGAAUGCCAAGCUGAACUACACAGUUUUGGUUGGUGAGAAGCCCUGUGCAGUGACUGUAUCAGAUGUGCAGCUACUGUGUGAAUCUCCAAACCUCAUUGGAAGGCACAAAGUGAUGGCUCGUGUAGGAGGGAUGGAGUUCUCCCCAGGGAUGGUCUACAUCUCUCCAGACAGCCCUCUCAGCUUGCCAGCUAUUGUCAGCAUUGCGGUGGCCGGUGGCCUGCUCAUCAUCUUCAUCGUGGCUGUGCUGAUCGCGUACAAGCGCAAAUCCAGAGAAAGCGACCUCACCCUCAAGCGUCUGCAGAUGCAGAUGGACAACCUGGAGUCCAGGGUGGCACUGGAGUGCAAAGAAGCCUUUGCAGAGCUACAGACAGAUAUUCACGAGCUCACAAGUGAUCUGGAUGGAGCUGGGAUUCCUUUCCUUGAUUAUCGAACAUACACCAUGAGGGUGCUUUUCCCUGGCAUUGAAGAUCAUCCAGUCCUGAGGGAUCUGGAGGUCCCUGGCUAUAGGCAGGAACGGGUGGAGAAAGGCCUGAAGCUCUUUGCCCAGCUCAUCAACAACAAGGUUUUCCUGCUCUCCUUCAUCCGCACUCUGGAAUCCCAGCGCAGCUUCUCCAUGCGGGACCGUGGUAACGUGGCCUCACUGAUCAUGACAGUGCUGCAGAGCAAGCUGGAGUACGCUACUGAUGUCCUCAAACAGCUCCUGGCUGACCUCAUAGACAAGAAUCUGGAGAGCAAGAACCACCCCAAGCUGCUGCUCCGGAGAACAGAGUCUGUGGCUGAGAAAAUGCUCACCAAUUGGUUUACCUUCCUUCUGUACAAGUUCCUCAAGGAAUGUGCUGGGGAGCCUCUGUUCUCCCUUUUCUGUGCCAUCAAACAGCAGAUGGAAAAGGGCCCCAUCGACUCCAUCACUGGGGAAGCCCGGUACUCACUGAGUGAGGACAAGCUGAUCCGACAGCAGAUUGAUUACAAGACACUG